AUGAAGCGAUUGUCCGUGUAUACAUCGCUCCUUAUAGUCUUGACGACAAUCUCGCAACGUGAUGUAUAUGCUUUUGAAGGAAGAUACAGAAGGCUCUUUGGCGUGCCAAGACGAUCUGUUGUUCCAACAUGGCAUGCCGCAACCCCGAAGCCAAACAAUGACAGCAUCCACCUAAAUGACUCACCAGAGAAUCCCGAACGUCGAAAAAUCUUGCUAUCCUCGGCAGCUGCAUUUGCAUCGGCAUUUGCCGUGGGCAAGCAGGUAGAACCCGCCGAGGCGGCAUCCGCCACUACAGUCAUUUUAGAAGACUCGGAGAAACGACGCAUUGAUACCUUUGAAAAGUGUGCUCCAUCGGUGGUUUUCAUUGACACAUUUACGCAAAAACAAGACGCCUUUUCACCAAACAGCAUUGAAGUUCCAAUAGGGACUGGGUCGGGUUUUGUCUGGGAUAAGCAAGGACAUAUUGUUACCAACUACCAUGUGGUUCGAAAUGCUAGGAGUGCUCAGGUCGCAAUCGUUACCCCAACUAAUGGCAAGGCAUUGCCAGCAGGAGCCAUUACCAUGACGACGGACUCUCCCGGGGAUGUCGACGAUACCUUUAAUGUCUUCAAGCCACAGUCCGAGAUUAGGGCCAGUUCUCGCAAAUCAUUCAGUCCCGAUUAUCAACGAUCGGUAUUUAGGGCAAAGGUUGUGGGGGUGGAUCCCGGAAAAGAUAUUGCGGUAUUGAAAGUGGAAGUCCAGGAUCCAGAUAUCUUGCAACCGAUUUCUGUGGGAACCUCCAAGAACUUGAAAGUGGGACAAGUUGCCUUGGCCAUUGGAAAUCCAUUUGGUUUGGAUCAUACAUUGACGCAAGGUAUCAUUAGUGGAUUGGGGAGAGAAGUAAGAAGCCCCACAGGUAGACCAAUCUCCAAUGUCAUUCAGACCGAUGCCGCCAUUAACCCUGGUAACAGUGGUGGUCCCCUCUUGGAUUCUUCUGGCAGACUCAUUGGUAUGAACACGGCCAUUUACUCUCCCUCGGGCGCCAGUGCUGGCAUUGGUUUUGCCAUUCCCAUUGAUUCGGUCAAUUUCAUUGUGAAUACUCUCAUUAAGGAUGGCAAAGUCAUUCGUCCCAUUCUUGGAAUUGGUUACUUGGAAUCCAGACAAGCGCGGGCACUGGGAAUUAGCAGAGGUGUCUUGGUAUUGGAUGUGCCUCCCGACAGUCCAGCUGCCAAGGCGGGUUUGAGAGGUACUAGCAGAACCGAAACGGGAUUGAUUGAAAUUGGAGAUAUCAUUGUCAAGGUGGGAAGCACAGUUAUCAAUACAGAAGCCAAUUUGUUCGAAGCCUUGGAAGGAUACUUCCCAGGCGACAAUAUUGAAGUCAAGGUAUUGCGGAUUGAAGCUGUCAGCGAUCGAUUGGAGCAACGCGAAGUCAAGCUGACCAUUCCACUCCAGUCGAGCGAGAUCCUAGACCAAGUCCCAUCCGUUACUCUCUUUCAACAACUUGGCCAACAACCACAACUUGGCCCAUAA